UACACACUUGGAUAGAUUUUAUUAUUAUUAUUAUUAUUUUAUUUUAUUUAAAUAAUUUUUUUAAUUUCCACUCGUCACCCCGUGUGUAUAAUCUGCGCCCAUCUCCUGAUCUCUGUUAUAAUUUCGAUGAUCGAUCACUCCUCGUGUUGAUUCUAUCUUCGAUAUUGACAGGCUACAGAACUAUCAUCGUAUUUUGAUGGAUCGACCAUACGCCAUGUUUAAUCGAUUUGCUUUAUUACGUUUAUCUUCUAAAUUGUAUAUAAGGUAUACGACGCUUGUCUCAUCCCCUCCCCUUCCUGAUAAAUAUAAUUAUUUUAUAUACAAAAUACAUUACACAGAAUGUAUCCAUCACCAUUGGAAAGGGAAUGAUGAAUUACGAUAAGAGACUGGAAGAGGCUUUCGGCUGACGCGUUGUCGACUCGUACUACUUACGAUCCGUAUCGCUCUCUCUCUCUCUUCCCUCAGAUGAUUAUACGUGUAGGAGAAAGAAGAAGAGCGAGGGUGAGGCGCGUGCAAACAUUUCUAUACCCUAUCUAAUCCACUGGAACUAGUCACUUCAAUUUCAGAAUUCAAAAGAUUCGCAUCACCGUUCUAUCCGUUUCUUCGAUCGAGUUUGACAUUUUUUGGAAAAACGUAUUUUUGAAAUUUUGAACUUUUUCUUAUCAAGUAUAUAUAUAUAUAUAUAUAUAAUUCGCUAUGGCCUCGAUCAAAUUCGAGGAACCGGAAGUUACGAUCUACAAAGCAUCGGUGGAAUAUUUUUUGCUCGAACAAGAACGAAAAUGCAAUGGAUUGAUGGCGGAAUAUCAAAACAUCACGUCGCAAUAUUAUUGCCCGCCAUAUUUCGACGGCCUGCUUUGCUGGCCGUACACCAACGUCUCCAACGUUGCCAUUUUACCAUGUCCAUCCGAAACUGGCCCAUUAAACCAAUUAAAUUCCGCGAUCGGCUCCGCUCUAAACUCGAAUACAUCUGUUGCUACAACAGUGGCGAGCAAAUUUUGCUUUUCGAACGGCCAGUGGUACUCAAAUCUUGAAAAUAUUCGCAAGAGCAAUUACAGCUUGUGCAAAUUCUCCAAGAAGUUCAUCGAUCGCCUUUCCAUGGAUUUAGGAUAUUUCGAGAUACUUCAGUUGCGAGAUUACAAAAACUUUGAAAAAUACAAAUACUUGUUGAACAAAUGGUUGCCUAUCGUCAAGAUCAUCUCUCAAAUUGGAUAUUCUAUGUCCUUCACCAUGUUGAUCAUAGUGAUGAUCAUUUUCUCGUUGCUUAGGUAUGCUUCUUUCUCUUCUUUCGUCCUCCAAUACUGGCUCGUAAUUAAUCGAUUGAUUCCUUCUUCCCUUAGAAAACUGAGAAAUCCAAGGAACAGAUUGCACAUGCACUUGUUCGCCUCGUUCAUAAUGAGAGCGUUCAUGACACUGGUCAAAGAUUGGAUAUUCGUCAAUGGCAUCAGCCGACCUGUGGACGUCCUUUACGUUGAAAAUUAUGCUCUUAUCAAGCAACCAAACUUACAGAUAAUAAUUUGCAAGGUGGUCAUAAGCGGGUGGCAAUACUUUAUCGUGGCUAAUUAUUCUUGGAUCCUGAUGGAGGGUCUCUACUUGCACAAUUUGAUCGUUUGGGCAUUCUUCGCGGAUAGCGAAACGAUCAAUUUGUACGUGUUGAUGGGAUGGGGAUUACCUGUUUUCGUGGUUGUACCUUGGAUAAUAAUUCGCGCCACUAUCGAGGACACGUUUUGCUGGACCACUCAUCAAAAUCCUUUCCUAUUUCUGCCUAUAAAGAUUCCCAUUAUGAUAUCAAAUUUGGUAAGUGAUUCUCGUAUGGCUUUGAUGAACGUCGAUCCAGCGAAUAAAAUAAAUCAAAUAAAUGUUAUUCAGUUCAACUUCUUACUGUUCCUCAACAUAGUACGUGUACUGUUCAUUAAAUUCAAAACGUCGGUACAUCUGCAACAAAAAAAGAUGCAAUACAGUAGAUGGGCCAAAGCUACUCUAGUACUGAUACCGUUAUUUGGUGCUCAUUACACGCUAUUCCUAGGCUUUUCGUAUGCAGACAGUAAACUGGAACUUGUUUGGCUCUUCUUCGAUCAAUUAUUCGUCUCUUUUCAAGGUUCUUUCGUUGCUUUGCUUUAUUGUUUGUUGAACAUCGAAGUCAGAACGGAAAUUAAACGAGCAUGGAGAACAAGAUGGAGGAAUGCAAAUAUUUUUGUGUCCACGUGUCGAGAAUCAAGAAGGAUAAAAACUAUUCGUCGAUACAAAAAAUCGAAUGAUCAUCUCACCAGUACAACUUUGAGAACUGUGUUGCAAUCUGAUAGAAGAUCGAAUGAUUUUUGGCCAAAUGUUUUAGAAAUGGAGACAGGAUAGAAAAAAUUUUAAGAAAGAACAGUUUUAUAUCUGAUAGAUGAUUAUGUA